AUGGGGAGUCGAAAUAAUCGAGAAGACGCUCUUGCUGAGGAGGAAGGUGGCCUCGACGAACUAGCAGCACCGGCACCAGACGAAAAUCCAGACGAACAAGGCAUCUAUCAACAUGAGAGUCUGGAAACAAGUAGUGAACGACCUCCUAAAAAAGCACAGGACCAGGAGGGCCAGUCAGAAGUAUCGAAAUGGCUUACACAAAUCUAUAUUGUGUCGUACCUCAUCUUCUUCUCGAUCUUUGGCGUACUCGCUCGGAUAGGACUCCAAGCCUUGACCAUCUACCCAGGCGCGCUCGUUGCCAACACGGAUCUCUGGGCCAAUGUCGGCGGGAGUUUGUUGAUGGGUAUACUGCGCGAAGACCGUAUGUUAUUUCGUCGACACUGGAGACAGGAGCUAGAGAACGCCCGUCGUAGCAACUCGUCUGAAGAGAACGUGGAUGAAGAGAAGCUGAAAGAUUCUGCCCGACAAUCUUAUGCCACCGCCAGAGGAGCAAUUCCAGCUUACAUCGGAAUGACGGUUGGCUUCUGCGGUUGCUUCACCUCAUUUGCUUCGAUCUGCCGAGAUGCAUUCCUUGCAAUCUCCAACAAUCUGAACAACGCGCCCGUUUCCGCAUCAGUUACGACAGCGUUCUAUCGCUCGAGACCAGCAAGCGACAGCGUUAUGGCGUUGCUAGCUAUCCUGAUCCUCGAAGUCGGUCUGAGCAUCGUAGCUCUCAACUUCGGUGCUCAUUUAGCCACUAGUUUCGCGCGGCUGGCAGAAAAGAUGCCUGUCUGGCAUCUUAGCCGGUUCAUAGAUCCAUUGAUUCUCUUCCUCGGCCCUGGAUGCUGGCUUGGGGCAGUCCUGCUGGCUAUUUGGCCUGUCCAUGAUCAUUGGCGUGGACAAGUUCUCUUCGCUCUUGUCUUCGCCCCCCUUGGUUGUCUCAUGCGGUUUCUCCUGUCGGUCCAUCUGAACAAGAGAGUUCGGACCUUCCCAGUCGGGACAUUCGUUGCGAAUUUCUUCGGGACUUGUGUCUUAGGCAUGGCAUACGAUUUGCAGAUGUCUUCGGCAGGAGCAGCUGUGGUUAGCUGCCAGGUCUUGCAAGGCAUCAUGGACGGAUUCUGCGGUGCUUUGACGACUGUGAGCACGUGGGUGCUCGAGCUGGAUACCUUGCGCUUGCGACACGCGUAUUUUUACGGCGUGUGCAGUCUGUUCGCAGGCGUGGGAUUCAUAACGGCUAUCAUGGGGUCGUUGCGGUGGACCAGUGGUUUCGGCGCCCCGACUUGUUAA